CCGUCCGUCGGCUAACCCGUCGCUCGCGCGUUGGCGGCAAAAUAAUCGCGUCCGACCCCUCUGUCGUUGUCGUCGUAGUCGUCGGUGUGUGUGUGUGGUGUCAAGCGGCGGUCAAAUCGUCGUCGUACUUUUUUUUAUGUGUUUCACAUUUUUUAAUAUCGUCCCAAAACGUUCUUUACUACAUUAUAUAAUAACAUAACACAAUAAUUUAAUCGUUUAUUAUAUGCACACCUCCCACGUGAUGUGCUGUUACGACCGUUAUAUUAUGGAUUAUCGCCGGUAAAUCGUUGGUUGGGCUUACAAACCAAACACAUAGCCCAUAAUAUAUAUUUUGUUUAUACGUCUUUCGAAUGGUAGUCAUACUUAUUGUGCCUGUGCCUACAUCGCCCGAUAAUGGGGCUGGGAGGUACGGCAGAGUUGUCGACCCGGCCAAGAGCCCCGGUGACAGGUCCACCUCGACCACGUCCAUAUCGUUCGUGUCGUCUGAUAACUCGUCGUAUUGUUUUUCGCAGGUCGAUCCGGACAAUCUGAUUGCUACCACCAAAGAAGAAGAGUGGGUGACUAAGAAAAAAGUUGAAUUGACUACCAAAAAACAAAUCGAAACUAGAGUUAAAAGACAAGUUGUGCUGGAAGACGGUAAAAUCGUCGAGGACUCUGGGCCAAUCGUGACGACCAACACGACCGAAGAUACCGAAAAACAGGAACAUCAACAAACCGAGCAUCGUCAAUUGGGUGACGAGGGUGACGGAGAAAACACCAAAGAAGUGGUCGUGAGAAUAUCGUCAUUGGAAGGGAACCCAUCGUUGUUGAAAGAAGUUCGAGAAAAGAAAAUUAAGAGUCGAGAAGAAAAAGAAGAGCUUGUAGAAACAGAGGAUGUGGUCCACCUAGGAAAUAUUAGCGAUAAGGCCUACCAAGAAGCAAUACAGAGCAAACGAGACAUCCGAGAAGCUCUUGAAGAAGCAAAUCACAAGUUGGUUCAUGUAAACAGUACUGGACCCAGGGUAGUGCAUCAGAGUACCAAAAAUAAAAAAGUGACAGACACAGAAGAUACUAGGCACACGAGAGAAGUUCAAAAAGACGGUAAAAUCGUUACAGAAACAUCAAAAACCACCGAGCAUGAAGAGGUAAACGGGGUCGAUGAACCAGACAGUGUUCCGUUACCACCUUCAGCACUACAAGAGUCGUUGCGCGAAAGUUCACAUCGAUACGCCAAGACCAAGGAUCAGGAGUUAGUUGAGUAUCUAGCAGAUGGUGAGAAAAUUGGAGAGCAAAUGCGUUACGAAGCGACCAACGAAGAAGGAGAUCGACUUGGUGACAUCAAUCAACUGCAGAUGAUGACAAAUGCGGGAGAGUUGGUAGGCUGGGAGAGCUUAUCGGAAAGAAUACGCAAGAUGCGUGAUAGACAACAGCAUCCGGUUGCCGGAAAAACUCUCGCGGACUUCGAUGAAGAAGAACGUACUAGAAAAGUGGAAACAGCUAAAUGGCUAGAACAUCAUUUUGGUAGCGAAUCGACCAGGUCGUCUACUGGAAACUUAUCAGAAGAAGAAGAAGAGGAUGAUCGAGGUCAUCAAAAGACUACUUCCAAUAGUUUCAUAAACGUGACUAUGAAAUCAACAGAAACUCCAGCCAAUGGAUACUUCAAAGGAGUGUCCGAAUGGAAAAAUAACGACUCAGCCCCUAUCAGACCCCCGAUCAGAAGAAAAAGAGAACAAAAAACUGAAAUUAUUAAAAACACUGUUAAUGAAUUAGAGUCAUCUCCAUUAUUCAAUUCAGUCCAACAAAGGGUCCAAGGAUACGAAAUGACAAAAGAUAAAUUGUCUGGACGGAACGCGAUAAAUGGUUUUAACCAAUCGCUUCACAACGGAUAUGUUCAGACUGUAGCUACCGACAGACGUCACGACGCAACCGAUUCGCCGGCGCCGUCAGACUCGUACCGGUCGUGGGACCACCGCCGGCGGCGAUCGGCGGACGGCCACCGCAAUAACAAACCGACGGCCGCAGUGGCGCCUGAACCAAAACCAGACUAUUCUCCGGAACCCGAACGGCGGGCCAGCAACGGUUCGUCGACUGCGGGCGGGCGUUCGAAAAAGGUGUACCAAAAGACGAGGUUUGCGGCGGACGCGCGACCGGCGCCCGACAACGGAGGCAACGGCAAACAGGAGCGGAAGAAAUCGUUUGGCGAGUCGUUCCGGCGGCUGGUGGGCAAGUUCACGGGCGGGCACGGCAAUAAGUCGGACGCUGAUCGGAAGAAAAACCGGAAGAAACCGGAAUCGGCCGAGCGACGACACGCCGACAGCGGCGACGACGGCGACUACGGUUACGGCGGCGGCGACGGCGAGAACACCUACAGGAGUUACGACGGCGGCGUCAGGCCAGCCGCCGACCGUCAUCAGCGGUUGUUUGGCAGCACGCAGACGUUGGACAGACACCGAGCUGGACGGACGGCUGACAACAACCGUAACAAGGCGCGAGACGACGACUACGGCGAAGACGAAGACGACAACGACGACGACAUUCAUCGGUACAACGAUCACCGUGGUCAGGACGCCAGAGGGCAAUCGCCGGUGAUGAACGGCGGCGGCAGGACCGGCAACGGCGUGCACAGAUACUAUUUGGGCGAAGACCCGUUCGGUGGCAGCAUUUACGGCCGUGAAAGAGAAUACGACGGCGGCAAACGCAGACCGCACAAGAAGAACGGCACUUACGACUCACCGCAACACCAUCACCACACUCAUUACGUCCAGAGGACCAUUCCAGUGAACACGACCAGUACUACAUUGGGUCGGUUUAGUAAAUCUACAGGACGUCUGUUAGCUGACGACAACAACAGUAACGUGUCGGAUAGAGCACAAACGCUGCCGAGAAAACUCCGAACGGAAAGCAAAAUAAAAAAGCAGGUGCACGCGUCCCGGGAGAACGAUUACGGCGGCGUUACGAACCGGUCGGCCGCCAACUCCGGAAGCAUGAUCAACGUGUCGUUCGCCAACGGGCCGACGAAACCGCAGCGGACGUUCUCGAAACCGUCGUUACUCAGGAGCCAGAGCUUCAACGUGCAGCCGGACCCUGGACACCAGACGCGCCGGUCGGUGAGCACUUUGCACCGGCUGGAAGAGUCUCCGCCGCCGCUAAAGAGCCCGAACAUCGUGAGCAUGUUGAGCAGGAGCACCAAGGACUUGUCGGUGGGCGCCGACGACGGGUACAGAUCGCUGUCCGGCAGCUGGGCCAGCCCGGGAGAGUUGAGCAAUGGCGGCGGCGGCGGCACUGGCACUGCGUACCGGCGGGACGAUCCGAAGAAGAAGAUCUUCAUGAAAGGCCUGCUGGACCACGCGCCCGAGCUGUACAAGACGCUCAGCCACCAGGAGGACGCGACCACCGCCGGCCGACGGUAUUCUCCCGUCAAAAUGGACAGGCCGUAUUCGAGCAGCGGUCACUCGUCGUCGCCGACCAUCAGACACGGAAGCGGCGAGGUGACCAACCGGAGCGUGACGCGUCGUGGCAGCAAGGAUGAUUACACCGAAACGGUGCGGAUCACGUCCAAGUCGGACGACCCGUACCGUCCAAGCGUCACCAACACGGUACAGAACUUCACCAAGAAAAAGGUGCCCAGGGACGGCCGAGUGGAGACCAUCGAGUCGACCGAGACCAAGACCGUGACCAAGAGCCGGUACAACGGCGGCGACGCUAUCAACGGAUACAACGGCAUUGGCGGCGGCGGUGGCGGAGUGGUGAUCGAGGUCAGGAACGGCAGGAACUGAUGUGAUAACCAUGCAGUGAAACCUCUAAAUACCGGUUACUAUCGGUCGCUGACAUUUUGAGUUGUCCGCUAUUCAGAGGGUUCAGUUUGAAAAAAC